AUGGGGCCCCUCAGGGCCAGAGGCUACCCCAGGGCUCAGCAGGGACACACUAGGCCGCAGCAGGGACUCAAAUGCCCAUACAACGCUGAAAGUCCAGAGUACAAACCAGUGCUGUGCGAUUUGCCUUUCCGUCGGAGCAGUUCAACGGACAAUGAACUAGAGUUUACAAGAGUUUACAACAUCUUCAACCAGGCUGCAGUCAAUGGGAGACAGACCGGGCAGGGUGAUGCCUGGUUAUCCAAGCUCUCCCCUUCUUGGAAACCCCACCCUUCCCAUAACCCCAAGCAGUGUGAUGCCCCCUACAUGUCGCCUGGCCAUGACGUCAAGCCCGCUUUCCUGCCUGACAUCAAGCCAUACACGAACUCCCUACCCCCACCACUCCCCACAGACCAUUCAACUCCUUGAGCCUCAUCCUUCCGCUCCAUAUCAUCAGAAUGGUCACCCAUAUUGAUCGCAUACCAGCACAGGUGUUGCUUCUCCAACCUCUCUCCAUUUCGUCCACACUACUCGCCGCCAUUUUCCUGGACCUUCUCCCACUCAUCAAACAAACGUUUCCUCAGUCCAUCUACAUGUUGAGGACCUAUCUCCCAAAUUCACACACACAUUAAUCGAAUUGAAGACAAGAGGCUUGUUUGACAUCGACUGAAUGAAUUGCAGUCAGUGACUGAUCUACCCAUUGGACUUUCUCUAGAGAUAAAUCAAAUCAAGCCCAAACUGCAAUGUAGUAGGGAGUUGUAGUCUCCAACAACAGACCAAUAUUCUAAUGAACUACAAUGACCAUAAUACAUUGCGCGCCUACUAGUCCUGGCUGUGUUUCUUUUACACCUGCUACAGAAAAGAGACAAAAGAAUGAAGGACAGACACAAGUUGCAUCGCAAGGCAUCUCUACCUGAAAAUACCAGGCCCCCAGUGUCCAAUCUGGAAUGUUAAGUCAAGCGCUCUGCUGGUUGACUAUGGCGUAGCAACUUAGCGGUGCCAAAAGCCCUGGUCUGCAAGGUGUAAAUUACGAUUUGUUUAUUAUGAAGUUCGAUCCCCACUGUGAAUUAUUUAAAAGAUCUCUACAAAUCGAGAUAUUUAGUUAAAUAGUUAUCCAUUCCGACUGCUACAUUUGUUGUCACACAGGAUCACAUGUUGACACAGACCAAUCAUGGGCUGGCAGAAUGGGCAGGUAGAAUGAAACGGCAACAUCGACCAUGAUCCUAUGCUAGUUACGGCCACUUUCACCAUGAUAAUUAGCAAUUUAUUUACUUAUUUUGUGUUUGUGCCAUUUAGCCCCAUUCAGCAAUAUGGCACGCUUCAAAUUCAAAUACUUCAUGCGCCAUCAGGUGUUUCCCAUAGGAAUACGUGGAUGAUGUUAGCAUUAUCGCUAUCUACUGGUUUUAAUGUAGGCUAUAUGGAAAAUACUGAACAUGACCUAAGUGAUUGAUAGUUGGUAUUCGGCAAUAAUAAAAGUAUGCCUUAUUUACUUUGAAGAACGAUUAAAAUUAUGAUUUUGUCAGACAACAUAGGCAGCAGAUCUAGUGAUGAGAUGACUUGAAAUUAAAUAAAGUCAUCAAAUAAAAUACAUUUAAUACAGACAAAUGAAAUAAUUUUAAAGUCAUGUGAGUAAUUGAUGGUUAAUAAGUAGGGCUGUAACGGUACAUGUUUUCAUAUCUAACUGUUUGGUACGGAGACCUCCGCACUGUGAACCCGAAUGAAUACAUACAGUUGAAGCCAAAUACAUUUAAACUCAGUUUUUCACAAAUCCUGACAUUUAAUCCUAGGAGAAAUUCCCUGUCUUAGGUCAGUUAGGAUCACUACUUUGUUUAAAAAAUGUGAAAUGUCAGAAUAAUAGUAGAGAGAAUGAUUUACUAAAACUUUUAUUUCUUUCAUCACAUUCCUAGUGGGUCAGCAGUUUACAUACACUCAAUUAGUAUUUGGUAGCAUUGCCUUUAAAUAGUUUAACUUGGGUCAAAUGUUUCGGGUAACCUUCCACAAGCUUCCCACAAUAAGUUGGGUGAAUUUCGGGCCAUUCCUCCUGACAGAGCUGGUGUAACUGAGUCAGGUUUGUAGGGCUCCUUGCUCACACACUUUUUCAGUUCUGCCCACAAAUUGUCUAUAGGAUUGAGGUAAGGGCUUUGUGAUGGCCACUCCAAUACCUUGACUUUGUUGUCCUUAAGCCAAUUUGCCACAACUUUGGAAGUAUGCUUGGGGUCAUUGUCCAUUUGGAAGACCCAUUUGCGACCAAGCUUUAACUUCCUACUGAUGUCUUGAGAUUUUGCUUCAAUAUAUCCACAUACAUUUCCUGCCUCUUGAUGCAUCUAUAUUGUGAAGUGCACCAGUCACUCCUGCAGCAAAGCACCCCCACAACAUGAUGCUGCCACCCUCGUGCUUCACAGUUCAUGUCGAUAUAGGACUACAUCCACAGGUACACCUCCAAUUGACUCAAAUGAUGUCAAUUAGCCUUUAAGAAGCUUAUAAAGCCAUGACAUAAUUUUCUGGAAUUUUCUAAGCUGUUUAAAUGCACAGUCAACUUAGUGUAUGUAAACGUCUGACCCACUGGAAUUGUGAUACAGUGAAUUACAGUGGGGAGAACAAGUAUUUGAUACACUGCCGAUUUUGCAGUUUUCCUACUUACAAAGCAUUUAGAGGUCUGUAAUUUUUAUCAUAGGUACACUUCAACUGUGAGAGACGGAAUCUAAAACAAAAAUCCAGAAAAUUUACAUUGUAUGAUAUUUAAGUCAUUCAUUUGCAUUUUUUUGCAUGACAUAAGUAUUUGAUACAUUAAGGCUCGUAUGAAUGUCCUGCUUAAUGUAAUGUUUGUGUCAUCAUCGCAAAUCAACUGCAUUAUACUUAAAAAACAUUUC